AUGUCUUCUCUUUCAAGGCUUCUCUACCUCGCCUUUUGCCUUUCUCUGCUAUUUCUCGGCUCAAAUUCUGAAGAUGAUGAUAGAACGACGUAUAUUGUGUACAUGGGAAGUCAUCCAAAAGAUCGAGUUUCGACUCGAGCUCAUCACGAGAGAAUGUUAGGAGAAGCCAUUGGCAGUAGUUUCGCUCCACGCUCUUUACUCCAUAGCUAUAAGAGAAGUUUUAAUGGCUUUGUCGCGAAGCUGACUGAAGACGAAGUCCAAAAAGUUUCAGAAAUGAAGGGUGUAAUCUCGGUUUUUCCAAAUGGAAAGAAACAACUCCACACGACAAGAUCAUGGGACUUCAUGGGAUUGUCUCAACAAGUCAGCCGAGUUCCAUCCAUAGAAAGUGAUAUUAUUGUUGGAGUACUCGACACGGGGAUUUGGCCAGAAUCACCUAGUUUCCUCGAUGAAGGAUAUGGCCGGCCGCCACCCAAGUGGAAGGGUAGCUGUGAAGCCUCACUCAAUUUCUCGUGUAACAAUAAAAUCAUUGGAGCUCGAUCAUAUCGCACCAGUGGUAGUUAUGUAAUAGGCGAUAUCCAAGGUCCAAUAGAUUCAAAUGGCCAUGGGACGCAUACGGCAUCAACAGUAGCAGGCGGGUUGGUCAGGCAAGCGAGUAUGCUUGGUCUUGGCACUGGCACCGCAAGGGGAGGAGUCCCAUCAGCACGAAUCGCUUCCUACAAAAUAUGUUGGUCUGACGGUUGUCCUGAAGCUGAUAUUCUUGCCGCAUUCGAUGAUGCCAUUGCCGAUGGGGUUGAUAUCAUCUCUUUGUCGGUCGGAGGACACACACCAAAUAAUUACUUCAAUGACUCCAUAGCUAUUGGAGCAUUCCAUGCAAUGAAGAACGGAAUCCUUACAUCGAUGUCUGCGGGUAACGAUGGUUGGAAACCUUUCACUAUUAGAAACUUCUCACCCUGGUCUCUUUCGGUAGCAGCUAGUACUACUGAUAGGAGAUUUUUGUCUAAAGUUCAACUCGGAGAUGGAAGAAGCUUCAAUGGAGUCACGAUCAAUACAUUUGAUUUAAAUGGAACACAAUAUCCAUUGGUGUAUGCCGGAAAUAUUCCCAAUGUUACUGCUGGCUUUAAUGGAUCCAUCUCGAGAUUUUGUACGAGAAACUCGGUGGAUAGGGAUUUGAUGAAGGGUAAAAUUGUCCUUUGUGAUCAUUUCGUAUCGCCGAAAAAGACAAUAUUUUUAAAAGGUGCAAUCGGGAUUAUAAUGCAAGACAAUAAUCCAAAGGAUCUCUCAUCCCCUUUUCCUUUGCCUGCCUCUCAUCUUGGCACACAAGAAGGAGCUCUCAUUUCUUCUUAUGCCAAUUUAACUAGCCUUCCAACGGCUACUAUUUUAAAAAGCACUGAAGGGAAGUAUAAAGAAACCCCUUUUGUUGCAUCCUUCUCUUCAAGAGGUCCAAAUCCAAUAACCCCAGACAUUCUGAAGCCAGAUUUGAGUGGUCCAGGUGUUGAAAUUCUAGCCGCAUGGAGUCCUCUAGGCCCACCUUCAGGAGCUAAAGAAGAUAGCAGACAACUCCUUUUUAAUAUCAUUUCAGGGACUUCAAUGGCUUGCCCACAUGCUACCGCUGUUGCUGCUUAUGUUAAGUCGUUUCACCCUUCUUGGUCUCCUGCUGCCCUCAAAUCCGCACUUAUGACAACGGCAUUUCCCAUGAGAGCUGACCUUAACCCAGAAGCAGAAUUCGCAUAUGGUUCAGGCCACAUAAACCCUUUAAGCGCAGUGAAUCCCGGACUGAUCUACAACGCCACUGAGAUCGACUAUGUAAGGUUCCUUUGUGGUCAAGGUUACAGCACCAAGUUGGUCCAGCAAGUUUCUGGAGAUAAUAGCUCGUGUUCUCGAGGCGAUUUCGACCUAGUUUUCGAUCUAAACUAUCCUUCAUUUGCUCUUUCCACGCCUAUCUCAACCUCGAUCAGCCAAGUUUAUAGAAGAAGGGUCACAAAUGUUGGGUCGGCGAAUUCGACAUAUAACGCCAUAGUUUCGGGUCCUUCGGGGCUUAAAAUUACAGUAAAUCCUUCUGUUCUUUCGUUCAAUGCCUUGGGCGAGGAGCUGAGCUUUGAGGUUACAAUUGAAGGAAGCAUUAGUAGGGGCAUUGCGUCGGGUUCAUUGGUGUGGGAUGAUGGCCAACAUAAAGUGAAGAGUCCUAUAGUAGUCUUUGAUCCUAAUACCUUUUAA